AUGGCCAAAUCAAUUUAUCAUUGGCCAUAUUUAUAUGAUCCAAAUGAUAAUCAAAGUUGGAUUAUAUGUGAUAAUAAUGGUGGAUGGAAUAAUCAAUUAAUUAUUUAUGAUAUUCAUCAAAAUCAAUGGAAUUUAAUUCAUCAAUUAAAUGUCAUUGGGAAAUUUCCAACACCACGUGCAGCUCAUUGUUCUAUUAUAUUACCUAAACAUGGUUGGUUCAUUAUAUUUGGUGGUCGUGGUCCAUAUACUAAUAAUUAUAAUCAUAUAAAUACAUCACAACACUUAUCAGAUUAUCGUAUGGGUAGAUUAAAUGAUAUGUAUUGUUUUAAUAUUAAUUUAAUGGAAUGGACUAAAAUUUUAACACCAUUAGAUAUACCAAAUAUAACAAAUAAUAGUUAUAUUAAACAACCAUCAAUAUCAUGUAUAUGGCCAUGUGGUCGAUCUUGGAUGAAUAUGAUUGUUGUCAAUGAAUCAUUAUCUACACAGAAUGCUUCUUGUUGUUGUUCUUCUUCUUCUAAAUAUAAAUCAAUGAAUGAAAUGAAUAUUCAAUUAUUUCUACAUGGUGGUUAUUCUAAUGAUGAAAAAUCAUUAAAUGAUGCUUAUUUAAUAAAUAUUCAUUUAUGUAAACAAUAUAAACAAUUAAAAGCUGAAAUUAUUCAUUCUACAAAAGAGGUCAAUAUUAUAUCUAAUAAUAAUGAUAAUGGUAAUUCUUAUUUAAUGAAUUUAAAUAAACAAAAUUAUUAUAUUGAAUCAUUGAAUCCAAUGAAUAAUGAUACUGAUUCAAAUAAACCAACUCUAAUAAAUGGUUAUAUAUGUUCACAACAACAAUCAAUUAAUGAUAAGAAAUAUAUUAAUUUAAAUGUAAAUUCAUUUGGAGAAAUUUUAUUCAAUGAACAAUUGUAUAUAGAUUUAAUUCAAUUGUAUUAUUCAAUGGAUUCAAAUUUGAUGACUGAAUUAUUUGAAGCUAAUCAUCAUACUACUUAUAAUAAUAAUAAUAAUAGUAGCAGUAUGAUAGAUAAUUUGAAGUUAUUUUUACAUGAUUUCAAUUAUCAUUUAUAUAUGUAUCGAAAUUCAUCUUUUACAGUACAUAAUGAUUAUAAUUAUCAACCUGAUAAAUGUAUAAAUCCUAAAGAAACAUUAUAUCGUAUUGCUUUAUUACAUACUAUAUUUAUACAAUAUUUAAAUGAAAAUUAUUGUUUAUAUACUAUCAAUAAAGAAAAAGAUAAAGAUUCAAAGAUGAACUCUACUACUACUACUACUACGGUGACUAGGAACAGUCAACUUAUUGAAGAUUUGAAUAAUCUAUGUGAUAAUUAUCAAUCUGAUUUAGAAUUUACACAAAAUUCAAUAUUUUCUACAUUAAUAAGUAUGUUUCUUAAAUUUAUGUUACCAUGGCAAAUCAUUCAAAUGAUGUUACAAGAAAAAAAUAGUUGGUUAACAAAUGAAUAUCGUUUAGAAUUAAUACAUAAAUUAAUACCACAAUUUAAUAUGUAUAAUAAACAAUAUUUAAAAAUUCUUCAUUAUUACCCAUAUAUCAAUUAG